CCCAUAUCCAUAUGUGCUGUGCGUGUGGUGAAGCCGCAUGUUGUCUCUUCUCUUCUGCUUCCAGGCCUAUUUAAUCUUCGUUCUGCCCCCGCCUUGGUUGCCAGCUCUUUCCUCCUUUCACCUGCUCAUUAGACUCCUCUCUUACCCCGAUCCAUGCCGUCCAAACUUCCUAUCAGUGCUUUGCUCAACCCAGUUCCUGAGCCAAGUCAGACCUCUUCCCCAAGUCCGGCCUCAGUCAACCAGGCUGACAGCAUGAGUGCCACCGUGGCCCAGACCAAACCACACCGACGCAAGGGUGUCAAGAAGGGUGUCAUUCUCCCUGGUAGCCCGCCUCAGGAUCAGGUGAAGUAUCCUGUUCAUGUAGAUUAUGAUAGUAAGUUCUCUGCUUUUCACGCGGAGUUUGGCAUGGAGCCCACGCAAGUGAUUGCGAAUCGUCACUGCCACAUCCCCUACGACCCCAAAAAGCGCGACUUCAGCCAGCGGACCGGGCGAACAGGGUUUGAUGUCUUUCUGUACACCUUCAAGGUCCGUGAUGAAAGAACCGGUUUGGAACAAGAAGAAAGGGAGAUGAUGUGGGACUACAAGAAUGGCCUCGUUCGCACGACGCAUCUUUUCCGGUGCAACAGAUCUUUCGACAAGACCUGUCCAAAGCGAAUGCUCCAGUCGACGCCUGGUCUUAUGCCGAACGCCCACAACAUCACGGGUGGGAAUGUCAUCAGACAAGGAUACUUCGUGCCAUGGGAAUGUGCCCGGGCCCUGGCCACACGUUUUUGCUGGGAUGUGCGAUACGCCCUUACGCCAAUCUUCGGCAAUGACUUCCCUGAGGAUUGUCUUCACCCGGAUCAUCCCGACUAUCGGCAGUGGCUGAUCGAUCCAGAGAUCGUGCACGAUUCGGCUGAGAAACAAGCAAUGUACUGCCGCCUCGAGGUUCAGGCCUCCCGACUCUAUCUCAGUCCCAGCCCGGACGCCGAGAGCACCGGGUACGUUGAGAACAUCUCUGCUUGCUUGAGUACUGUGUUCCUUGAUUAUUGUGCUUAUCCUUUCAAAGUAUCUUGAAGAAAUCCUCGCCUCAAGAGGACAAUGACAACCACGAGGAGUGCACAGAGGUGCAGAAAGAGGAUGAGGAGCAUCUGAAGACAUAUCCUACUCCUAUCAGUCCUGCCUCCAUCAACAACCCGCUGCCCUCUCCUCCUAGCCCAACCGCACCGAUGACUCCAGGCUUGGAAGGUGAGGGCACCUAUCGCCAUUAUUUCCACAACCCAGCUCUAGCGGAGACCAACGAUGCCGACCCCCAAAUACAAGCCGCGCUCACCAUGCUCGGCAUGAGCCAAGGCAGGUACAU